AUUGUAAUAAUUAGAGUAAAAAAAUUAGAUUAGAAACCACCUAAAACACUGAUUAUUACUUUUACUUUUAUUUUCAUAAAAUUGUUCUUUCACGUGCUGUUCUUUGAUGUAUGCGAGUGAAUUGGAAUAAUUUGUUUAUACCAUGAAGAUUUCUCGCCACAAGAAAGUACGCCGGAUUUUAAACUUUUAUAAGAAUAAUUUCCAAUUCCGUUUUCCAUAUCAGUUAUUGAUCGACGCAACAUUUUGCCAAGAAGCUUUAAAAUGCAAAAUUAACAUUGAUGAACAAGUUCGGAAAUACCUAGAGGAUCCUGGUGUUAGAUUGUAUACAACACCAUGUGUAAUUAUGGAAGCAGAAGCAUUAGGUUCACCUGUCUAUGGAGCUAUGCUUAUUGUGAAACAGUUUCUGGUCAGAAAAUGUGGUCAUGAAAAAAAUCCACUUCCAGCAUCAGACUGUCUACUUUCUAUGACUGAGAAUGGGAAUCCUGACCAUUACAUAUUAGCUACUCAAGAUCUAGAGUUGAGUGAAAAAGUCAGAUUAAUUCCUGGAAUACCUCUUUUGUACAUAAGUCACAAUGCUAUUAAUCUUGAAAAGCCAUCAGUAGUCAACAAAGAAACAAUUCAAGUAAAAAUGCAGGAAAAAUUAAAAUCUUCAGAUUAUCAGAAUGCAGUUCUAAAUAAAUUAAAGCGGGAAAUCUUUGGAGGUGAAGAUGAGCCGAAAAGGAAAAAGAAAAAGAUAAAAGGACCUAAUCCAUUAUCAUGUAAGAAAAAAAAAGAAAGACCUGUUGCACCUCAAAAUGAAAAAAAGAAAAAACGGAAGAGGCACAAGAGGUCAAAAAAUAAAGAAGGCCAUGUGCCUCAGUUAUUGUCAUGCUUGGAAUGACAAAAGCAUGUUAUCUGAAAUUAAAUAUUUCAGAGUUGAAUGAGCACCUGAACAUCUAUAUCUGCUAGAUCAUGAAAGCUGUGGAAGUGAGUUUGAUAACAAUACCUGCCAAGCCAUGAGAGCUAUGGAAGUGAGUUUAAUAAUUAUAGAUAAAUUGAAUAGAACACAUGAAACAUUCUGCAUUAGAAACAUCUUUGGGUUAUGAUCUUAUUGUCAUUAAGCAUCAGAUGAAAAUCAUGCCAAAUGAAGAAUUUUGUAUAACUUGAAAGGAAGAUCAAUAAUUUCCUGAUUUGUAUAUGAGUAUUCCAUACUGCAAGUUUUGUAAAUGGUUAUUUUAUAAAUAUCUUAAUUUACAUAGUUACAUUUAAACUCUGUAUAUUUAAAUUUAUCUGUAUAUUUUCUUAUGCAUAUGUGAAUUGUAGGGUAACUACUGAAUAGUAUCUGGAAUGGUUGUAUAUAUAUAGCUUCUGAUGAUAUGUAACUUAUUGCACUGUAGUGCAUUGCUUAAUGGUGAUUCAUAGCAAUUAGAUGAUGAGGCUGUGUGGCAUUCCUUGCUUGGUUUUGUCUUCCACUUGGAAAAUUAGAUUUGAUAGCAUCCCUAAUUUUCUUUUAGAGGCAGUACAGCCAUUUUAAUUCAAAUGAACAUAACCUCUUUAUCAGAAAUACAACUGUUAAUAAAUCUUUGCCAAAAAUUA